GGAUCAAGGAUUCUUGUGGAUUAAACCGAGAGACGUCUGGGCUUCAUCUCCGCGGGUACCGUCCCUGGAUAUACCGGUCUAUGCAAAGCCUCAACCGCCCCCUCUCUCUGCUGGAUUUUGCCCCCCCUUUGGAUUUGAACCGGGAACAAUUCUUUAUUUUUUUUCUCAUAUUGAGGAUCCGUUUCCACCCCCCGUUUUUCUGCCCCCUCUAAGUGCCCCGUUUUGUUUUUUGCCCCUGCCCUGGUUGCGCUGUCCUUUUCGGGGGACGCAUCGCGUGUGGAUCUGUGGUGUGUGUUGGUCCCCCUGCUCCCGGGAUCUUCGCCUCUUGUCGUUAAGGAGGAUACUCGGGAUUCGGUUCUUGGAACGUUGAGGAGGAUCUCCCAAUCCAAGAGACUGGCGUAUGUUCCAGAUCGCUUUGGCUUGUCGGAUCCCCAGUCCCCUUCGAUCCUCCUGGGCUGCUGCUGCUGGUCUCUGCCCGGCCUCGGCUCCAGGAUCCUUCAUGAUUUGCGGGCGUCAUGCACGUUUUUUAGCCGGGAAGCCCUGCUCUCGUCCCGCAUGUUCAGGACCAAACGAUCGGUGCUCGUCCGGCGACUCUGGCGGAGCCGAGCUCCCGGGGAGACGGGAGAAGGGGAAGGCGAGAGCAGGGUGCAUGGAGCCGGGAGCUGCUGCAUGGGCAAGUCUGCCAAGGUGUCCAAGGCUCAGCUGGGGUCGGAGGCUGAACUGAAAGCCCUCACCCACUCGGUGCUCAAGCGGCUCAAGGAGAGGCAGCUGGAGGGGCUGCUGCAGGCGGUGGAGACUAAAGGGGGAGCCCGCAGCCCCUGCCUCCUGCUGCCGGCGGCCAAACUGGACUCCAGGCUCGGCCAGCAGCCCUUCUCCCUGCCCCUGCUGCUCUGCAAGGUCUUCAGGUGGCCGGAUCUCCGCCAUUCGUCCGAGGUCAAGAGGCUGAGCUGCUGCGAGUCCUAUGGAAAGAACAACCCGGAGCUGGUCUGCUGCAACCCGCACCACCUGAGCCGGCUCUGCGAGCUAGAAUCACCCCCACCUCCUUACACAAGAUAUCCAAUGGAUUUUCUCAAACCGACUGCGGAUCAACCAGACUCUGUACCUUCCUCCACUGAAACUGGGGGAACAAAUUAUGUGGCCCCUGAGGGGCUGUCAGAUACCCAACUUCUUCAGGAGUCUGGGGACCCAUCCCAUUGGUGCGUGGUGGCAUACUGGGAAGAGAAAAUAAGAGUGGGUCGAUUAUACUCUGUCCAAGAGCCCUCCCUGGAUAUAUUCUACGAUCUACCUCAGGGGAACGGCUUUUGCCUCGGACAACUAAACUCGGACAACAAAAGUCAGCUGGUCCAGAAGGUCCGCAGUAAAAUCGGCUACGGGAUCCAGUUGACCAAGGAAGUGGACGGUGUCUGGGUUUAUAAUCGCAGCAGUUAUCCAAUCUUCAUUAAGUCGGCCACACUGGACAACCCCGACUCUAGGACGUUAUUGGUCCAUAAAGUUUUCCCAGGAUUCUCCAUCAAAGUGUUUGACUAUGAGAAAGCUUACAGUUUGCAGAGACCUAAUGACCAUGAGUUCAUGCAACAGCCGUGGACUGGGUUCACUGUACAGAUAAGCUUCGUGAAAGGCUGGGGUCAGUGCUACACGAGACAGUUCAUCAGCAGCUGCCCGUGUUGGUUGGAGGUGAUCUUUAAUAACCGAUGACUCGGGCACGAGUGGACAUGUGGACUUUCGACUACUUUGCUGCUAAUAUUUCCUUCUGAGUGCUUGCUUCUUCAUGCAAACGUUUUGUUUUCAUGUUUUAUUUGUCUGUUUGUUUUGAGAAAUAGCUUAUGUCAAAGGUAUUUUUUUUUGGGGUGGGGGGGUUCUCCGAAAACUCUUCUUUCAGGUGUUUAAUGACCUCUUAUGUGACCAAGCUGGCAGGGGGCGGCAGAACGUCUGGAAGUGAAUCCGUGUUGCCAGGGGUAGAGAGAACAUCAGUAUUUUGGGUUU